AUUGUAUUUGGUUUCCUGUAAAAAACCUAUGUAAACGACAAAAAAAUCAGCACACAUAAAGCAAUGUAGGUAACUAAUUAUGAAGAGGAGGAAUUGAAGCAGCCAAGAUUAAAUCAUAAUACCAGGCUAUACACAAUAUCACUAUGCCAGAAGUUAAUAAUGUGAUGGAUCCAGUACAGUUACAGCCGUUUAGCCACCAGGUUGGUGGCAGCACUAGUGUGAUGAGCUUUAAUGAUACAACGUUAUGUAAACCACUGAAUCCAAGGGAGCACUAUUUCUAUCUCAACAUGCCUAAAAGUCUUAAAGAAUUUACACCUGAAUAUAGAGGUUUAAUAGAAGUGAAGUUACAAGAGGAUAGUGAUGGUUAUAUUACAUAUAUGGGUUACCCCUCAGAUACCUCGGAUCACAAGAAAUCCCCAGUAUCAAGUUGUCGGUCUUCUCCAGAGUCCAGUAGUAGUGACCAGGAUAUUCCUGUUAUACUAAGAGAUAAGAAGAAAAAAGAUAGUGACCCUGAUACAAGUGCAAGUAUCCGUCUAUUACGUAGUGGUAGUGUAGAAGUUAGUACCCAGACAAAUACUAUAUUCCAUGCUGUGGAUCCAGGAAAGUCAGGGAAAACAUCAGGAGUUAAUCCGUGGAGUGUUAAAUGUCAGAAAAGAUUAAUUUCUCAGAUGAAGAAGAUAGAUAAAGAUAGUAGAAAAUGCAAAUUUAUACUGUUGGAAAAUGUAGCAGAAAAAUUUCAGAACCCGUGUGUAUUAGACAUGAAGAUGGGAACACGACAACAUGGUGAUGAUGCUACAGAGGAGAAAAAACAAAGGUUUAUGAAAAAAUGUCAGACAUCUACCUCAAGUAUAAUUGGCAGUAGACUUUGUGGGAUGCAGGUUUACCAAGCCAAAACAGGGAAAUAUAUUUGCCAUAAUAAGUAUUAUGGGAGAUCUUUAACAUUAGAAGGAUUUAAACAAACACUGCACCAGUUUCUACAUAAUGGUUAUGAACUUCGUACAGAUGUUAUAGAUGGUAUUAUUAGUCAACUCCAAAAAUUGUCUCGUAUUCUAACUGAGCAAGAUACAUUCCGUUUUUACUCAAGUUCUUUACUGCUUAUGUAUGAAGGACACUGUUCUCAGAAUGAUAAUGACAAAGGUCAGAGUUCAUCAACUAAUGGACCAACUAAGGGAGGUAAUUGCAAUUGUGACAAUAAUCAAAAGGGAGAAAAGCAAUGUCAUAGACCAGACAACUGUAAAAUAGAUAUCAGAAUGAUUGACUUUGCUCAUAGUACACAUAUAGGUAUACAGGAUGACAAAACAGUACAUAAUGGGCCUGAUUCAGGAUACCUUUUUGGUCUUAGACAUCUUAUUGACUUGUUUACAGAGAUAAAAAAAUAACUUUAUAUAGUUCUUGUAUUGUAGAAUGUUUAAAUUGUUAUAUUUUCUAAGUUUUAAUAUAGUAAACUACAGUAAAUUUUUACACUGUGGAAGUCCACAACAUAAUUGUGUAUUCCUACAUUUAUCAAUACUAAACGGCUUAAGUAGAAAGAAUUGCAAAGUGAUUGGAAAUUAGGCAACUUUUUCCUUCAAUCUUCUUUUUUUUUCUUCAUCUAAUUUGAUACAUCUAUUAAACAGUAAAUCUUACCAAUAGAAUUGAUCGCAAGUUAUCCUGAAUUGAUUAUGAGUUACAAAUUAUAUUUUUAGUUAAAAAAAUGCUUUUUUUUUUAAAUAGUUACAUAUUGCAGGUUUCUCAUAAACAGUUACACUUCUCUUCCCUUUGUUUGCCCCCUGUGCAGUUCAUUGCUGGGACAUAAAAAUACCGUGUGUCCACCCCUCCAUCCAUCUGGUCUUGUCAGUGCUCUCACAUGUGCAAUUCUUAACAGAUUUUUAUAAAACUUAUAUCAUAGGUUUGUAUCAGCAAUGUCUCGGGUAGCGCUCUCAUGUGUACAAUUCUUGCUGCAUUUUUAUGAAACUUAGAUCAUAUUUUCAUAUUAUCAAUGUCUAGGACAAGUAAGAAAGUCAGUGCCGAUAAAUAAUUUUUUAAAUUUAUGCCCCUUGGAAAUUUAAUUAUAUUGAAAAUUGCAUUGUCAGUCAGGGGUACUACUUGUACAAGUAAUCUUUAUUUACUUGAAGAAGUAAAUAAAAUAAACUUAUAUAAGUUAAUUAUAAUGUUUGAAUAAUCUCCCCUUAAUUUUCUCAAAAAUUUACUUGUAUAAGUAAAUUUUUUUACAAUCCCACAAAAAUUCUCAAGUUUUGAGAUGUAAAGACAUGCCUUUAACAAUUUUUCUCAGGUUAGCUCAUAAUUUUUUAUUAGAGUUCAAUGUUUCAUCUCAUUAAUUCAAUAAAGAAACUGAUUGUGCAAGGCCUUCAAAAAUUGCACCUUGGGGGCUUGGAAAUGAGCAGUGUUCUAAUGAUAACAGACAAAUUUUCAUUUGAAAUUACACUUAAAUGAUUAGUAAAGACAUCUGCAAUGGACAGACAAACAAAAAUUCUAUUAGGGCAAAGAAGUCCUAAGAAUUCAAGAAAAGAAGAUAGGAUGACUUUUUACUUGUAUAAGUAAAAAUCUGAAUGUCUAAGGGACAUAACUAAGCCCAUUUUUUUUUUUACCUGUACAAGUAAAUAAAAUACACUUUAUAAAUAUCCUACAAAUUUACUUAUAUAAGUAUUAAUAUUUACUUCUUCAGUAAAUAAAAAUUACUUGUACAAGUAGUACCCCUGACUGAUUGUAAGUGCUCUCAAGUGUACAAUUUUUGCCAAAUUUUUAUCAAAUGUAUAUCAAAGGUUUAAAUCAGCAAUGGCUUGGACAAUUUUGAAAAUAAGUGCUGAUCAAAUGAUUUUGAAAGAGUCAUGCCCUUGGAAAUAUUUAUUAUAUUGGAAAUUGCAUUACAUAAGAUAUUUAUUGGACAGAUAAAAUAUGUGCAACACUGUGGACAUUGAAACUCUUGUUGUUUUAGUUUUUAUCUUUUGUACUAUCAAAUGCUAAAUGCCCCUGCAUCUUGAACAUCAGUUUUUAUACGACCGCAAAAAAAAUUUUGUGGUCGUAUAUUGGUAUGACGUUGGUGUCGUAGUCGUCGUCGUCGUCCGAAGACACAUUAGUUUUCGCACUCUAACUUUAGUUUAAGUAUAUGGAUCUCAAUGAAAUUUUACCAUAAGGUUCAAUAACACAAAAGGAAGGUGGGGAUUGAUUUUGGGGGUUAUGGUACCCACUGUUAAGGAAUUAGGGGCCAAAAAUAAGCAUUUUUGUAACUUCCAGACAUAACUUGUGUGUAAGUGUAUGGAUCUCUCUGACAUUGUACCACAAGGUUCCAUAUCACAAAGGGAAUGCUGGGAUUGAUUUUUGGGGUAAUUGCCUCCAAAUUUUAGGAAUUAGGGGCCAAAAAGGGGCAAAAAACAAGCAUUUUUCUAGUUUCAUGACAAUAACUUGUGUGUAAGUCUAUGGAUCUCUCUGACAUUGUAUCACAAGGUUCCAUAUCACAAAGGGAAUGCUGGGAUUGAUUUCGGGGGUAAUUGCCUCCAAAUUUUAGGAGUUAGGGGCAAAAAAGGGGCAAAAAACAAGCAUUUUUCUAGUUUCAUGACAAUAACUUGUGUGUAAGUGUAUGGAUCUUUAUGAAAUUGUACUACAAGGUUCCAUAUCACAAAGGGAAAGCUGGAAUUGAGUUUGGGGGUAAUUGCCCAAAAAAUUUAGGAAUAAGGGGCCAAAAAAGGGGCCAAAAAAUAAGCAUUUUUCUAGUUUCCAGACAAUAACUUGUGUUGAAAUGUAUGGAUCUCUCUGAAAUUGUACUGCAAGGUACCAUACCACAAAGGGAAGGCUGGGAUUGAUUUUGGGGGUAAUUCCCUCAAAAUUUUAGUAAUUAGGGGCUAUAAAAGGGCAAAAAAACAAGCAUUUUUCUAGUUUCAGGACAAUAACUUGUGUGUAAGUGUAUGAAUCUUUAUGAAAUUGUACUUCAAGGUUCCAUAUCACAAAGGGAAAGCUGGGUGUGAGUUUGGGGGUAAUUGCCCUAAAUGUUUAGGAAUUUGGGGCCAAAAAGGGGCCAAAAAACAAGCAUUUUUCUAGUUUCCAGACAAUAACUUGUGUUCAAGUGUAUGGAUCUCUCUGAAAUUGUACUGCAAGGUACCAUACCACAAAGGGAAAGCUGGGAUGGAGUUUGGGGGUGAUGAAUCAUAAGGGGGUUCAAAAAAUUGGGGGGGGGAUUUUUUUUUUUCAUUUUUUUUCUUUAAAAUUUUCCAUUUUAAAUUGGUUAUUUCUGAUUUAUAUAUAAAAGCAAAUAAUAAUGAUAUGGUUUGAAUAGGUAAAUAAAAAUUUUUAAGUUCUAAGACCACUUUCAUUCUGUGUGAGAAACCUAUGCUGUGUCAAAUAUUUAAUUACAAUCCAAAUUCAGUGCUGUAUCAAGCUUGAAUGUUGUGUCCAUACUUGCCCCAACUGUUCAGGGUUCGACCUCUGCGGUCGUAUCAAGCUGCGCCCCAGCGGAGCAUUUUAUUAUAAUGGUGAAGUUGGAUAGGAUAGAUAUUGCUAAUGUGAGUUCCAUAACUGUAUUUAAAUCUUGUAUUUAAAAAAGGAAUUAGGUACAAGAAAUUGUAAAAACAGAUUUAAAACCCCUGGGUGAAAUAUUUAAUAUUAUUAUAAGCUUUGAGAAGAUAUAAAAUAUAUGAAAAAAAUAAUUUUAGCUUUAAAUUGCUUUAUUUCAGGUUUAUAUAAAAUUAUUUAGUCAUAUCUGUACAUGAAAUAACUAUAUACUUUCAGAAUAAACAUUUGUGGAAGGCUUCUUUUAUGAUAAGAUUUACAGAGUUUGAAGAGAUAAUUCAAUUAUUAUGAGUAAUGGGACAGCUGUUUGGUGUUAAGAAUCAUUGCAAAGCAUAAAAGUCAGUUAGAAAGUGUUCACCUGAUCUUUACCUGAUUUCAUGGUUUGAUGAUCAAUGUAUGUUAAGUUUUUGUGAUUUAGUCGUAUUCUCCCAAAAUGCUAGUGUAUAUAUGUUUGUGAUGGAGUUUAUCUGACUUUGACCUCAUUUUCAUGGUUCGUUUGUCAAUGUUAAUAUUUUGUGAUUAGUAAUGUUUCUCACAUACUAUUGAGUAAAAGGUUAACUUCAUUCAGUGUUGUAGAAUGAUGGUUAGGUGUACAUGUCUAUCUUAAAUGGUGUUCCCUCACUUUCAUGGAUCAUUGAUUAGGUUAAGUAAAUCUGAUGCCUAUAAUGAGUUUAAUGAUCUCAGCAUGAAAUUUCAUAAUAAUCAGCGUGAAGAAGUGGAUACAUUACAGCAUGUGCAUUCUUGUUUACAAACUUAGGAACUUGCUAAUUUAAGAAUUUCACUCCUUACCAUAGCAUUUUUUCCUUGUAUGUUUAGUUAUAUGAAUGUUCUGUAAAAUGGAUUGUUUGAAUUAAGAUUUUAUUUGUGUCAUAUAUAUUUCAUGUUCUUUAUUUGUGCAUAUUGACAAAGUUGUGAUUGGAUUUGGAUGAAUAUAAUAUUGUUAACUUUAUAUCAUGUUAUGUUUUUAUUGUAAUUUCAUUCAAAGAGGCAUUGAAGUGGAAUAUUUACCUUGUGCAUUUAUUAUUAGGAAAUUACAUGAAAUGUUAGAAACUGUAUCAUUUCAACUUCACUUCUAUUGUUGUUUAAUUUUUAGGCUCCUCGAAAAAUUUCAGAGUCAUAUAGUAAUCUCUAUGUCUGUCUGUCUGUCCUUCCAUUCAUCCAUCUGUGUGUCUAAAACAAAUGAUUUCUGGAUGUGUCUGUGUAGAUAAAUACAGCACCACGAUAAAGUUAAAGGGCAGCAUUUUGAAACAAAGUAAAACCCCAGAGAUAGAAGUAGGCAAAAAACGUUACAAGAUUAACUGAUACUUAAGUCAGAAUAAUUGUAUAUAAGGAUUUUAUUAGUUUUGUGACUAAAAGUUAUCUACUAAUCCUAACUCUAGUGAGUUUUAACAAAAUCAAGCAUUCUAAAUUUGAUGUUUUUAGAAUAUUUUUUCCCAAUUAAGCUUCAUGAGGAACUUUUCCAGCUAUAAACACUGAAUUCCUAAGAGGACAGAAAAAAUACCCACAAAAAAACCUACAACGCUGAUGUGAACAAGGAAAACAACUUGACUCUGGAGGGAUAUUUUAACUUCUAGCUGGCUUGAAUUAUAUCAUCAGUGUUAAAGCACAGAUAAUUGGACAAUUGCCAUCUCAAUAGACUGGCAUGUUUUUGUGAAAUAACAACAGACCAAAAAGACGGGAUUACAUUCCAAUUCUCUCAAGUUUAGGUACUUUAUUUCCAUUUUUAAACAUGAAGAAGUUAUAGGUGUGUCCAUUUUUUUCAUUGUAGUGUAUAUUUUUACUUUUUGAAAGUAGGUUUCUUCUAAUAUGCCUUUUACUGGUUACUUUAAAAGGCUGCCUCCCACUUAAAAAAAUAAAAAUGAGCAUUUAAUGUAUACAUAUAUAAAAUGCAGUCUAUACUAAUAGAGAAACAUUACUUUAAAGGACAAUGUCAUACUUAUCACUGACUAUUUCAGCUAUUGAUGCAGCUAGUAAUAUUAUGAAAAAAGUUUUGUAUAUUUAUGAUCCAGAUUAUUCAUGUUAUAUAUGGAUUAUUGCAGCAACUUCUAUGAAGUGUAAUACCUCAAAUAGGCAAAAUAAACAAUGUUUAAUUCGCCAUAUUAAAUGUUGACUUAGCAACACAAAUUGACAAUGAUUAAUGUAAAAAAUAUUGUUAAUUGUUGUUGACUGUCCAGUCACUCAUUAGUAAUAGAAAAAGUUAUAUUUUUUGUUUCUUUGUGAAUUUUAUUUUGAUGUUGUGAAUUUGUUUUUUUCUCAAAGACAAACUAACUAGAUUGUAAAGAGGAACUUAUAUUAUUAUUAUCAUAUAUGUUACUAAAUCUGUAAGGUUCACACUGACCAUUAAAGUAAAACAAUAUUCCAAUCUUAAGAUUGUUUUUACUUUUUUUAGGAUAGUUUAUUACAAUGUAUUUACCAUUAUUUAAAUUUUCAAAGUAAAAUGUAUGUAAGGCAAGGCUUCGUUUCAUGUAUGUAUUUGGUUAUUCCGUCAAUAAGAGAGGUUCAGAAGGAAGUCUUUCGGUUUGUUUAAUGUAAUAUUGGGUUUUGAGUCAUAUUAGUUUAAUUUUUUUUAUGGGUGCAUAAAUUUAGAAACACUGCCUUGCUUGCUUGUAUUAAUAUUAUAUUCACCUUUUUUCUAGAAAUCACUAUAAUCUAGAUCCUUGCUGUUUAACGACAGAACCAUUUACUGUGACAGAACUACAAGCAGGAAUCAGUAGCAAUAUACUGUACACCACAGACAGUAUAUGGUGUAUUACUGGUUUACUGUCUUGAAAUUCUUUUCCUGGUUAACAGUAGUAUCCUAUAUAUAGGGAGAUAUGGUGUUGUGUGUAAUGAAACUAUACCUUGUAGAUAACAUGAAAAUGUUACAGCUCUUUUUGUGUAUGUCCAGUUGCUGGUAGGUUUUGAUUGUCUGAUUUUAGAAAAAAAACAGUCAUAUAUAUUUUUCUUCAGGAAAAUCCAUUGAAAAUCAACAUGAUAGGAUUUUUUUGGGGGGCAUUUGAUCUCUAGUCAUAUGUAUGUCCAAAUUAAUUUUUUUUGUGCAAUUCAACACAUUGUAUAAUUACGUGUAGUUUGAUUUUGAUGUUAAAAAAUGGCAUAUUUUAAAUUUAUAUUAUGUCUUUUCUUAGGGCGGCUGGUAGGUUUUGAAAAAUAGACAUGCCCUGAUCACACUUUGCAAAUAACAUCUAUAAAGAUAAUAUAAAAGAUUUUUUGUUCAGCCUGUGGAUACAAUAGUUCUCAAUAUUUAGCAAUGGAAUAUUACCCAUUUAUCAGUGAUUAAAUGUAAAAUUGUGAAUAAUUUACAGAUAAAACAAAUGCAUCCACUAAAUGCUGAAUGUGUACAUAGUUUUUAUUUCUAAUUGUCAUUUAAAGUAAUGUUGCCUCUGUUACCAAAAUAUUUUGAUCUCAGUCUUGAUAAAAGUGUUGAAUGACCUUGAUAAUUUAUUUAAGAGGAAUCGAUUUUGUUAAGAACUAUGUUAAAAAAGUCUAAAAGUCAUCCCAACUUCGUUUUUUAAAACUAUAAACCUACAUGUUUCAUGGUAUUUAAUAAAGUCAAGUUAAAGGAAUUAAUUGGUUAUCUUUUUUGUAUCAAUUUCUUGUCAUAGCAAGGAUAUAAACAUCACUAAAAAAAUAUGUGUAAUUUUUGCUUUUAUUUCAAAGAUAUUCAUUUUGUUAAUUCAAAACAAAAAAUUUUGUUAAUUCAAAACAAAAAAUAGGAAUGUCACCAGUUAUUAACAGCUUUCCUUUAGAAUUUGAAUGGCUGCUAAAUUGUAGGUUUACUAACUUUAAAGGUUUCACUUUGAAUGAAGAAAGUAAAAAGUCUAUCCUUUCAUGUGACAUAGUAUCUCAGCUGUAAACUGAUAAUUAGAUUCCAUUUCACACAAGAAGUUGAUGAUUUGUAUUCAAAUGAUUUUGUUACAUAUUGUCUUUAUUUAUUGUUUUGUGUAUUGUUAUAACCAUUUUUGUCUCUUUUACAUGUUGCAUUAUUUUAAUUGUUAAAUUAUUAAGAUGAAGACUGUUCCAGAAUAAAGAAAUAUUUUCAUGA